GUGCCCCCUCCCACUUUCCCACAGUUGAGUUUUUCCGUCAGAUAAACGUGUAAGUCAGUCUCCAUCAUGGCGACAACUACAGAGGCCCGGAGCUGCUGACCGCUGGAGUGAAGUGGACCUAUUGGAUGCCUGGUUGACUACACCGGUGUCGCGCGCUACUCAGGCGGGAGAAUGUGAGCCGCAAAGCGGCCGUGAAGUUAGUUUGCGAGAGUGGGGUUUCUCCGUAUUGGCGCUUUUUUUUCCCCCGACCCCCAGUUUUUGAUUUACAUCUGCUGGAGAUGGACGGUGCGCGGUCUGUUUUGUUGGGAGGGAACAGGCUGGAGGUCGGCGGCUCGGCAGACAGCGGCUCCGAAACGGGCGAGUUGAGCGCCGUCGGUAAGUUGAGAAAGGCUGGCGGCGGGUGCCCCGCUGUAGAGAAUGGCGCGAUGGGAGAGGACGAUGGUGCGGACGGGGUGUCGCCGCGGAACAGCAGUGGAGACGCGGCGGUUCGAGCCGGUGGGAGUACUGCCUUGAAAGGGAGCGCUGUGUCCGCUAACGGUGCCGUCAACUCGCUGCUGGCGAGGAGGAGGAGACUGAAGAGGAAUCUCUCUGCAGCGGCCGCGACUUCCAGCACCCCCGGGCCCGACGCCUCCUUAGGCUGUAAGAUGCCCUCGGCCUCGUUCGCCUCGGCGUCGGCUCUGGGCACUCGGAGCUUGGACAGGAAGGCGGUGCUCCGGCACAGGCCGGCCGCACAGCUGCAGCCCUCCGACCGGGACUGGGUGCGGGCGGACCUCUCGCGGGGCUGCGUGCGCCUACGCGACUGCCUGCUGCCGUCUCAGCUGCGGCCGGUGCUGUGUACGCGGGAGACCACGGCCGCAGCAGUGGCGCGUGCUCUGAGCCGGCACGGGGGCAGAGGGGGCGCGGUCCGAGUGCUCGGUGCUGAGGGGCCGGCGACUGAGGGGCCGGCGACGGAGCGCAGAUGUGGGGAUGAUGAUCCCCCGAGGCUGCUGCCGAGCGAGGCCCUCACCCCUCAAGGCGGUCCAGCUGUUACUGCGCAAGACGGACUUUCCGAGGACAGAGUUCUAUCCCGCCGGUCCACGGGCGUGCGCCUCACUCCGGCCCCCAGUACUCCAAUGAACCGCGAGGAGAGGGGUGGCCUGUUGGAUCCGCUGGGCAGUUCAUCUGACGAAUUGGACUUCGACUGCUCGUCCUCCGCCUCUGUCCACCCGCCGUCUAGCAGUGAGAGUAACGACAAAGCGAACGGCAGGACCGCCGGUGCCCGGAACUGGGUGGUCACCGGGGCUCGCGGAGCCGGUUCUCCGGACCCAGGCUUCCCGCAGGACUCGGCCCCCACGCUCUACGUGCAGCUCCACGGCGAAGCGGUCCGGAGGCUGGAGCCGGACGAGAAGCCGCUGAGCAUCCAGAACGAGUACUUGUCCGGACUGGGCUUCGGGGACCCGCGCCGGGUGCAGGACGAGGGGCUGGACGCCGAGAUCGGCUGUCUCAUCCGCUUCUAUGCAGGGAAGCCCCACAACAUCGAGAGCUCUGAGCGUGUCCAGCUGUCAGGGACCUACAACGUGCGCAAAGGCAAGAUGCAGCUUGCUGUGAACCGCUGGAACCGGCGAUGUGUCAUUCUUUGUGGAACCUGCCUCAUCGUUUCCUCCGUCAAGGACAGCCACGCCGGCAAGAUGCACGUGCUGCCCCUGAUGGGUGGGAAGGUGGAGGAGGUAAAAAAACACAGUCACUGCCUGGCCUUCAGUUCCUCAGGUCCCCAGAGCCAGACGUACCAUAUCAGCUUUGACAGCUUCACGGAGCACCUACGCUGGCAGAGACAGGCCUCUAAGAUGGUGUCCCAACGCAUCAGUUCGGUGGACCUGUCCUGCUGCAGUUUGGAGCAUCUGCCCCCUGCUCUCUUCUAUAGCCAGGACCUGACACAUCUCAACCUGAAGCAUAACUUCCUGGUGCCAGGAAGUGGCCUGGUAGAGCUGCAGAGGUUCCCCAAACUCCGGAGCCUCAACCUCUCCAGCAACUGUCUCAGGGAGUUCCCCCAGGCCAUCUGCGACAUCCCCACCCUGACCGAGGUCAACCUUUCCUGCAACCACCUAACAUCUGUACCCAGUGCUGUCGGAGCAAUGCGAAACUUGCAAACCUUCCUCCUGGAUGGGAACUGCCUCUCGGCACUACCCGAGCAGCUAGGAGGCCUGCCACAGCUUGCCUACCUGGGUCUGUCCUUCAAUGAGUUUCAGGAGGUUCCCACAGUUUUGGAGCGACUGGACAGCAUGGAGCGACUCUGCAUGUCGGGAAAUAGCCUGGAGGUCCUACACCUGCAGCGUUUCCGCCUGCUACGUAACAAGCACGUGGACCUCAGGCUGAACAAAAUCUGCAAGGUGAUUCCAGAUGAGCCAGACUUCCUGCAGCACAUGACCCACCUGGACCUGCGAGACAACCAGCUGCUAGAGCUGGAUGCCUCAGCCCUCCCCCAUUUGGAGGUGCUGCGCUGUGACAGGAACCACCUGCAUGCACUCAAAAUCUGUGGCAGUCAUCUCAAGAUCCUCCAUGCCUCUGCCAAUGAACUCUGCCAGCUGGAGGUAUUCCCAAUCCCUGGAAAUCUUACCUACAUGGACAUCUCCAGGAACCACCUGGAAAGCUUGCCAGAGUGGGUGUGUGGCAGCAAGAGGCUGGAGGUGCUGGACAUCAGCCACAACCUGAUAUGUGAACUGCCUGUAUGGUUGUUCUGCAGCAGCAGCCUCAGGAAGCUCCUCGCCGGGCACAACCAGCUGCGGCGGCUCCCUGAGCGGCUAGAGCGCACCCCGGUGGAGGUGCUGGACAUCCAGCACAACCAGCUCGCAGAGCUGCCCUCCAACCUCUUCCUCAAGGCUGACAGCUUACGGUGCCUGAACGCCUCAGCCAACCAACUGGAGAGCCUGCCCCCCUCCAGCCUGUCCGAGGACAGUCACAGCAUUCUGCAGGAGCUCUACCUCACCAACAACAGGCUGACGGACAAGUGUGUGCCCAUGCUGACGGGCCACGGUCGCCUGCGUGUGCUGCACAUGGCCUACAACCAGCUACUGAGCUUCCCAGCCAGUAAAAUGGCCAAGCUGGAGGAGCUGGAGGAGGUGGAUUUGAGUGGCAACAGGCUGAAGGCCCUGCCCACUACCAUCAUGAACUGCCGCCGCAUGCACACAGUCCUGGCCCACUCUAAUUGCAUCGAGGUCUUCCCAGAGGUCAUGCAGCUUAUGGAGAUAAAGUGUGUGGAUCUGGCCUGCAAUGAGUUAAGUGAGCUCACGCUUCCAGAGAACCUGCCACCCAGGCUACAGGAGCUGGACCUGACAGGGAACCCACGCCUGUCGUUGGACCACAAGACCCUGGAGCUCCUAAACAACAUCCGCUCCUUCAGGAUUGACCAGUCAACUACUCCAUACUCGGCAAACGAGGGGCCCGGGGCCCCAGCUGUGUGGAGCCAUGGCUGCGCAGAAACCUCGGGUGUGAAGAACAAGCUGUGUGUGGCGGCGCUGUCGGUCAAUCACUUCUGCGAGAGCCGUGAGGCGCUGUUUGGUGUGUUUGACAGUGACCGCAACGUGGAGGUGCCUUACCUGAUGCAGUGCACCAUGGGAGAUGUGCUGGCAGAGGAGCUGCAUAAGAGCAAGAGUGAGGACGACUACAUGACCAACACCUUCCUGGUCAUGCAGAGGAAGCUGGGCACAGCUGGACAGAAGCUGGGCGGUUCGGCGGCACUCUGCCACAUCCGCCACAACCCCAUGGACUCCGGCGGUUGCUUCACGCUCACUGCGGCCAACGUGGGCAAGUGCCAGGCUGUGCUGUGCCGGGACGGCAAGUCCCUCCCCCUCUCGGUUCUGCACAACAUUAGUGUGGCUCCGGAGUAUGACAGGGUGCGCCUCCACAAGGCUAUUGUCACAGAGGACAACAAAGUGAAUGGAGUGACGGACUCCACGAGGAUCAUGGGAUACUCCUUCCUGUACCCGUCAGUGGUCCCACGUCCCCAUGUCCAGACGGUAGUGCUCACACCACAGGAUGAGUUUUUCAUUCUGGGCAGCCGGGGCCUCUGGGAUAGCAUGUCGGUGACUGAGGCGGUGGAGGCGGUGCGCAGCGUGCCUGACGCCCUUGCAGCAGCCAAAAAGCUGUGUACCCUGGCACAGGGAUACGGCUGCGGCGAUAGCUUGAGCGCUGUGGUGGUGCAGCUCAGCGUCACCGAGGACUGCUGCUGCUGCUGUGAACUGGGAGCCCCACCUCCCCCCAGCCCGGGCCUCUUCCCUCCCCCUGGGGGCGUGGCAAUCCGAGACACACUGCCCAUGCCAUCCUCCUGCAGUGAGAUCAGCAGCGAGGUGUCCACCUCCGAGAUGAGCAGUGAAGUGGGCUCCACUGCAUCUGACGAGUCGCCGCAGAGCGCGCUGCUGCAGGAAGCCGGCGCGGGGGUGCCCUUUCCACUGGAUGCGCGGGGUGGUGCUGUCGGAGCCUGUGCUCUUCAUCCUACCUUGCUGUCCUGCUCCUUCCAGCGGCAGCUCUCCAGCGCCACUUUCUCCAGCGCACUCUCUGACAAUGGCCUGGACAGCGAGGACGAGGAGCCCAUCACUGGGGUCUUCUCCAACGGCAGCCGCGUAGAAGUCGAGGCCGACGUGCACUACCUGCGUGCUCGGGAGCGACCCCUAGCCAGCCUGCCACCUGCACUGCCAGCCCCUAAUGUGGGAACCCUCAAUGAAGGGGCGGAGCUUGUCACCAGCAAGGCGGAACCAGUGAACAAAGAGGUGGAGCAGAUAGAUGGAAGCCCUCCCCGUGGCAGACCUAGCACAAGGGGUGGGGACCUUUCCAUCAGGACCCUGGGAAAGAGGCGUGGCAAUGGUUCAGUAGCCCCCCACGAGCGGAGCCACAACCUCAUUGAGGUGGCUGCUGACAUGCCCACUAAAAAGCAGGGGGGCUACUUUGCUGCUCCAGCCCAGCCAGACCCUGACGACCAGUUGAUCAUCCCACCAGAGCUAGAGGAGGAGGUGAAGGAGAUCAUGAAGCAGCACCACCAGCAGCAGCAACAAGUGCAGCAGGAGCACAGGCUCUGCCCACUGGACCAGCCUCCAGACUACUACUAUGACACACCCCUCUGAGGCAUCGACAGCCACAAAAUGAGCCACACGUUCCUUUUUUUUAAAAACUUUGUUUUAUAUAGUUAACCUUACAUCUCAUAAGAGCUACUGCGUUUUCCAACACUAGUUUCCAUGUAUUUCUUCACAGAUGAACGUUAAUAUAAUUUAAUUUUUAUCAUAUCAUUUUGUUAUGCUGAAAAGCACUUUUUUGAACAAAGCUGAAACUUUUAUUUCAAAUAAACUAUAUAUUGAAUGGUACAUAAUACCAUACUUUCUAUAGGUAGUGAGAUUAAUAUUGCUUUAGUAAAUCAUGGCUUUUGGCCUUGAGAAAGUCAGAAAUGUGUAGAAAUCUGAAGACUAACUCCUAGGAGUUGCUUACUCAUUUAUGUGACUUAGUCACAGAUGUGUACUAAUCUUCUCUGAGAGAAAAUGAUUCCCCCCUAAGUGAUUGUAAAUAUGAGUGUUUUAUAAUGAUACUGAGGAUGAGUAAUGGCAGCAGGCAGACUAGAGGACCAGGAAGAGAUCACUGCACACCUGUGGCCGUUUGGCCUCUGUCAGCAUCACCCCAGACGGGAGGUUGGUCGGGAGAGUCUGCGCCCCUUGCACCGCCCACAGUUGUGCCAUCACCAGCUGGUCGGUUCCAAGAAAGUGAGUCGGGUAGAUCUACAGUGCAAGAGACUGUUUCCAUGCCCAGCAUAUCGGUUACAUUUUUGUUAUAAUAAAUCUAAGAUUUACAA